UAUGACACACGUCCAUGUGCAAAUAUUAACUGCCAAAAUGGAGGUGCAUGUCUGGUUCUGGGAACUUCGUUCACCUGCCAGUGUACAACUGGAUUCACUGGACAAUUUUGUCAAACCGCCACUGAUACGGUGCCACCAACGCUUUUAAAUUGUCCAUCCGGGACCCUUUUUGGGGCUGUUCCGUUUCUAUCUUCAACUGUUGAUGUAACGUGGACUGUACCAACUGCAGUUGAUAACUCUGGGGUGACGCCUGAUAUUACGGUUUCACCGAGAGGCCCAGGUCCUUUCACUGUCGGAACUACCACCAUAGAGUACACAGCCACAGAUGGAAGUGGCAACGUGGCUACAUGCAAUUUCAUUGUUCAAGUUCAACAAUUACCUGAUACAGAGGCACCAGUACUAGUGGGUUGUCCAACUCAAAUAACUCGGGAAAUUCCAGUUGGGGCGUCAGCUAUAGAAAUAACGUGGACUACUCCGACUGUAACUGACAACUCCCUGGCCAACAUUGUUCCGCAAGUUUCACCAAGAGGCCAAGGUUCUUUCAAUGCCGGCACUACUUUCAUCACAUACACAGCCACAGAUGCAGCUGGAAAUGAAGGUUCUUGCUCAUUUCCUGUCAUCGUUACACAAACAGUUGAUAGUGUGGCUCCAGUUUUGACAGGCUGUCCACAAACAACAGUCACUGCCGAACUUCCUGUGGGACAAGUGCAAACUUUUGUAAGUUGGAGUGUACCAACAGCGACUGACAACAUUGACCAAAAUCCAAUUGUGAGCUCUACAGAGUCUCCAGGUCCGUUUGGUCUUGGCUCGUUUGCCGUCACUUACACAGCUAGAGAUUUUAGCGGCAAUGAAGCCACUUGCACAUUUAUCGUCCAAGUUACACCACAAGCUGACACGGUGCCACCAACGCUUUUAAAUUGUCCAACCGGGACCCUUUUUGGGGCUGUUCCGUUUCUAUCUUCAUCUGUUGAUGUAACGUGGACUGCACCAACUGCAGUUGACAACUCUGGGGUGACGCCUGAUAUUACGGUUUCACCAAGAGGCCCAGGUCCUUUCGGUGUCGGAACUACCACCAUAGAGUACACAGCCACAGAUGGAAGUGGCAACGUGGCUACAUGCAAUUUCAUUGUUCAAGUUCAACAAUUACCUGAUACAGAGGCACCAGUACUAGUGGGUUGUCCAACUCAAAUAACUCGGGAAAUUCCAGUUGGGGCGUCAGCUAUAGAAAUAACGUGGACUACUCCGACUGUAACUGACAACUCCCUGGCCAACAUUGUUCCGCAAGUUUCACCAAGAGGCCAAGGUUCUUUCAGUGCCGGCACUACUUUCAUCACAUACACAGCCACAGAUGCAGCUGGAAAUGAAGGUUCUUGCUCAUUUCCUGUCAUCGUAACACAAACAGUUGAUAGUGUGGCUCCAGUUUUGACAGGCUGUCCACCAUCAAUAGUCACUGCCGAACUUCCUGUGGGACAAGUGCAAGUAUUUGUAAAUUGGAAUGUACCAACAGCGACUGACAACAUUGACCAAAAUCCAACUGUGAGCUCUACAGAGUCUCCAGGUCCGUUUGGUCUUGGCUCGUUUGCCGUCACUUACACAGCUAGAGAUUUUAGCGGCAAUGAAGCCACUUGCACAUUUGUGGUCCAAGUUAUACCACAAGCUGACACGGUGCCACCAACGCUUUUAAAUUGUCCAACCGGGACCCUUUUUGGGGCUGUUCCGUUUCUAUCUUCAACUGUUGAUGUAACGUGGACUGCACCAACUGCAUUUGAUAACUCUGGGGUGAUGCCUGAUAUUACAGUUUCACCCAGAGGCCCAGGUGCUUUCACUGUCGGAACUACCACCAUAGAGUACACAGCCACAGAUGGAAGUGGCAACACGGCUACAUGCAAUUUCAUUGUUCAAGUUCAACAAUUACCUGAUACAGAGGCACCAGUACUAGUGGGUUGUCCAACUCAAAUAACUCGGGAAAUUCCAGUUGGGGCGUCAGCUAUAUCAAUAACAUGGGAUACACCGACUGUAACUGACAACUCCCUGGCCAACAUUGUUCCACAAGUUUCACCAAGAGGCCAAGGUUCUUUCAGUGCCGGCAAUACUUUCAUCACAUACACAGCCACAGAUGCAGCUGGAAAUGAAGGUUCUUGCUCAUUUCCUGUCAUCGUUACACAAACAGUUGAUAGUGUGGCUCCAGUUUUGACAAACUGUCCACCAUCAAUAGUCACUGCCGAACUUCCUGUGGGACAAGUGCAAGUAUUUGUAAAUUGGAAUGUACCAACAGCGACUGACAACAUUGACCAAAAUCCAACUGUGAGCUCUACAGAGUCUCCAGGUCCGUUUGGUCUUGGCUCGUUUGCCGUCACUUACACAGCUAGAGAUUUUAGCGGCAAUGAAGCCACUUGCACAUUUAUCGUCCAAGUUAUACCACAAGCUGACACGGUGCCACCAACGCUUUUAAAUUGUCCAACCGGGACCCUUUUUGGGGCUGUUCCGUUUCUAUCUUCAACUGUUGAUGUAACGUGGACUGCACCAACUGCAUUUGAUAACUCUGGGGUGAUGCCUGAUAUUACGGUUUCACCCAGAGGCCCAGGUGCUUUCACUGUCGGAACUACCACCAUAGAGUACACAGCCACAGAUGGAAGUGGCAACAUGGCUACAUGCAAUUUCAUUGUUCAAGUUCAACAAUUACCUGAUACAGAGGCACCAGUACUAGUGGGUUGUCCAACUCAAAUAACUCGGGAAAUUCCAGUUGGGGCGUCAGCUAUAUCAAUAACAUGGGAUACACCGACUGUAACUGACAACUCCCUGGCCAACAUUGUUCCACAAGUUUCACCAAGAGGCCAAGGUUCUUUCAGUGCCGGCAAUACUUUCAUCACAUACACAGCCACAGAUGCAGCUGGAAAUGAAGGUUCUUGCUCAUUUCCUGUCAUCGUUACACAAACAGUUGAUAGUGUGGCUCCAGUUUUGACAGGCUGUCCACAAACAAUAGUCACUGCCGAACUUCCUGUGGGACAAGUGCAAGUAUUUGUAAAUUGGAAUGUACCAACAGCGACUGACAACAUUGACCAAAAUCCAACUGUGAGCUCUACAGAGUCUCCAGGUCCGUUUGGUCUUGGCUCGUUUGCCGUCACUUACACAGCUAGAGAUUUUAGCGGCAAUGAAGCCACUUGCACAUUUGUGGUCCAAGUUAUACCACAAGCUGACACGGUGCCACCAACGCUUUUAAAUUGUCCAACCGGGACCCUUUUUGGGGCUGUUCCGUUUCUAUCUUCAACUGUUGAUGUAACGUGGACUGCACCAACUGCAUUUGAUAACUCUGGGGUGAUGCCUGAUAUUACGGUUUCACCCAGAGGCCCAGGUGCUUUCACUGUCGGAACUACCACCAUAGAGUACACAGCCACAGAUGGAAGUGGCAACAUGGCUACAUGCAAUUUCAUUGUUCAAGUUCAACAAUUACCUGAUACAGAGGCACCGGUACUAGUGGAUUGUCCGUCUGACAUAACUCGUGAAAUUCCUGUUGGGUCGACAGCUGUAUCAGUGUCGUGGACUGCCCCGACUGCAACUGACAACUCCCUGGCCAACAUUGUUCCACAGGUUUCACCAAGAGGCCCGGGUGCAUUCAAUGCCGGCAAUACUGUCAUCACAUACACAGCCACAGAUGCAGCUGGAAAUGAAGCUACUUGCUCAUUCCGUGUCAUCGUUUCAGUAGGAGUGGAUGAUAUUCCUCCAGUUCUGACAUCUUGCCCAAACACAAUUAUACGGACUGUGGAGUUAAACUCUGCAGAAACGGUCAACGUGGACUGGACACUACCGACUGCCUCGGACAACUCCAAUGGGCAAGUGUCUGUCAACAAGAUGAGUGGCCCGGAGCGUGGGUCUCCAUUAGGUGCAGGGGUACAUGACGUUGUGUACCGUCUCUCCGAUGCAAACAACAACUUUGUGGAGUGCAGAUUCUGCAUAGUGGUCAACACAGUCGACUCCGUAGCCCCAAUGAUCACAUGCCCGGCCGCUAUACAACAAACAUAUGAGAUCGGGAAAUACGAUGGGAGAAUCAUUAACUGGGCUGAACCAACCGUCUCUGAUGCAUCAGGGGGUCCAAUCACCGUCACUCUUCUGACAGCCAGGCCCUCUGGCUCUUUCUUCCCGGCUGGAACCCACACUGUCCAGUACAGUGCUACUGACCAAAGUGGUCGCAGUGCUUCAUGUGACUUUACUGUUACAAUUAAUCCAGUGGAUUCCACAGGGCCAAUGUUCAUUCGCUGUCCGUCUGACAUCGUACACACUGUAUUUGAGCUGCCAGCCCAGGGAGCUGUAGUGAAUUGGCCCGCACCGCUGUUCUUUGAUGCCUCAGGAAUAGCAUCAAUCACUUCUCGGACUCCGCCUGAUGGUACCCUGUUCACAUCUACAGCAACACAGGUUUCCUACACUGUUACUGACGGUGCAGGACUCUCAGAUGUAUGCUCUUUCUUUGUUACUGUUACCGUGUCAAACCCGUGUACGAACAACCCAUGUGGCAUGGGAGGAAACUGUGUGCCUACAGGUCCAAACAAUAAUGACUUCAUGUGCGUGUGUGCCCCAUGUUUCACUGGCCCCACUUGCCAAAUAUCUACAAACCCAUGUAUCAAUAACAACUGUGCAUCUGGUAGCGUAUGUCUGCCUGUAUCGGGGUCUUGUGUGGCCUAUACCUGUCAGUGUAACGCCUGCUCCUAUGGGCGUUUCUGCGACCAACAGGUGGACGCUUGUGAUAAUCACAAAUGUGCAAACGGUGCAAUGUGCAUGGCCCAAGGUUGUCUCCAAUAUUCUUGCUCAUGCACUGGCUGCUUCCAAGGAGCCUACUGCAGUGAAGUGUACAACCCGUGCGAUGGGUCACCAUGUGGGAACGGAGGUUUCUGUAAUUCACUUGCCAACUCAUGUACGGGCUACACAUGCCAGUGUGUCGGUUGCUUCACCGGUUAUAACUGCCAGACAGCUAUUCCAAACCCCUGUGACCAGAACCCUUGUCAGAACAGCGGAACGUGUCGACAAACCUCUGGUCUCUGCUAUGCGUAUGAGUGCGACUGCACCAAUGGGUUCUCUGGACCCAGAUGCCAGGGAAUUACUAUACAUAACAACCCUUGCAACAGCUUUCCGUGUGCGAACGGGGCUGCCUGCCUCAAUAUGGACGGGGGACAGGACUACACUUGCAAAUGCCUGACUGGAUACACUGGCGUCCAAUGCACAGUAGCAAUCACGGCAACUGGUGCAGUCAGUGCGUGCUCUGCCAAUCCUAACCCAUGCAUAGCUGGAACAUGUAGUAACAGCUUUGACAGUACAUCCAACAAUGUUAACUACGAGAGCCAGUACCUAUGUGUAUGUAGUAAUGGCUUCACAGGAUCUAACUGUGGCACCCAAUCAGCAUCUGCCCCAGGGAUGAACGUCUGCGGAAUGCUCGUAAGACCGUGCGCAAACGGCGGAGUGUGCAGCAACGUCUACAACAGUUACACACAGUCGGUGGAGUACUACUGCACAUGUAAUGCUGGAUUCAUCGGACAACACUGUGAGACUGAAGUCGUCAACCCAUGUCUUGAGAGCCCAUGCUUGAAUGGUGGUCAGUGCACCCAGAAUCAACUCCAGUAUACAUGUUCAUGUGCACCCGGCUACACUGGAGCUCUGUGUGAAAACACUGCCGGAGAUACUACUGCACCGCUUGUCAUAUCCUGCCCGUCAAAUUUCAUCCGUGACGCUGGUUCACAGCAGAGUCUCGUUCUCAAUUGGCCCCCUCCCCAAGUUGUCGGUGGAACUCUGGAAUACCAGUCCCAUCAACCUGACGACACUUUCAACGUUGGAACCAACACCCCUGUCAGCUACAUCUAUGCCGACGACGCUGGAAAUGUCGCCAAGUGCACGUUUAACGUUUUGGUCUUUGGAAACAUGGUAGGAGACUCCAACAGCCCAAUAAUCACGUGCCCGCCUACUGCCAACAAUUUCAUCUACGGCAACGAGCAGUCAGUGCGAGUGACGUUCCCCUUUCCAACUGUGUUUGACAACCAAGGAAACGCCCUGGUUACCAGUGAUCGGGAGUCUGGUUCGCUGUUCACUGAGGGGACAGUGCAGGUCACUUUCACAGCGAUUGAUAUCUCUGGCAAUACGGCUACAUGCCAGAUGGAUGUUGUAGUCACCAGAGUCCCAGCUUUCACCAUGCAGUGUCCCGAUCCAGUUACAUUGGAGCUGGCACAAGGCACAACAUGCUACACCUACACAUUACCCAAUCCCUCGUACACAAAUCAAGCCGGCAAUCCUACACUGGGCUACUUCGUUACCAACGCCGGUGCCACCGGGCAACAGUUCUUCACCAAUGUACCAUUCUCUGGAAUUAUCGCAUAUAAAGCUGUGGACGGUUCCGGACAGACGGCAGAUUGUAACUUCCAGUUGACUCUUACAACGAUGGCAUCUCCGUGCUCCGGUAUUGUGUGCCAGAAUGGAGGAAAUUGCCAGGUUGUUGGAACAAAUUUCAACUGUCAGUGUACAAACGAUUACUCUGGGCAGUUUUGCCAAACUCCUAACGCAGGUCCAUGCAGUGGCAUCGUUUGCCAGAACGGAGGUAUUUGCCAAGUCCCCACAGGUUCUACAUUUACCAGUUGCCAAUGUCCUGCCACCCACACUGGAACAUUCUGUGAAACCCUUGUAACAGGUUUCAAUAUCGCCUGUACUGACAUCACCGCGCCUCCUGGUAACCCCGGUUCAAUGGUCACUGUGGAUCUACCAACGCCCACGUAUACCGGUACUACUACCCCGCCGCAGUUCUACUUUGUGACUUCUCUGGGGAUCGUGAUCCCAGACGCAACUGCCCAUGUUGUCACUGUUCCAAACACUCUUCCAGCAACAGAGACGAUUACUGUACAUGGAAUAUCCGGUGGUGGAAUGCAAGAAGUGUGCAUGAUUGAUAUCACAUUCUUAACUGCUGGUGCAUGCAGUAACAGUCCUUGUUUAAAUGGUGGUCAGUGUACUAAUGUCGGAACAAGUUAUACGUGUGCUUGUACCACAGGCUUUACAGGCAAUAACUGCCAACUAGUGGUUGGAGAUCCUUGCACCAAUAUCAAUUGUCUUAACGGAGGUGCAUGCCAAGUUGUCGGCAAUACCUUCAACUGCCAGUGCGUCAAUGGAUACAGUGGACAAUUCUGUGCAAACCCUCCUACUGGUGCUUUCCAGCUAACAUGUAGCCCUGCUGCUGCUGCUGGGCCUCCUGGCUCUACUCAACAAGUGAACCUACCACAGCCAACCUACACUGGUAGCAAUGUCGCACCCACGAUCUACUUUUUGCAUCAAGGGUCAACCAUCAUCCAAGACCCUACCGCUUACGAUGUCCUUGUACCAGCUGCGGGGUCAUCCCCAUCUGUAGUUGACGUUACAGUGUAUGGUAUUGUUCCUAAUACAAACAUACAAGAUAACUGCAUCACUCAAAUCACAGUUACAGCAGUCACUGGCAACACCCCAUGUUCGAGCAACCCGUGUGUAAAUGGAGGAAAUUGCCAAUUCAAUGAAAAUGCUUACUUCUGUUCAUGCCCGACUGGCUAUACUGGAACGAACUGUCAAUUAGAUCCAUGCAACAGCGUCACUUGUCUAAACGGAGGAGCCUGCCAAGUCAGUGGAUCUACUGGCUUCUGUCAGUGCAUAAAUGGAUACUCUGGAGCGAACUGUCAAAAUCCUCCAACCGAUCCUUGCACCAAUAUCAAUUGUCUUAACGGAGGUGCAUGCCAAGUUGUCGGCAAUACCUUCAACUGCCAAUGCGUCAAUGGGUACACUGGACAAUUCUGUGCAAGUCCUCCUACUGGUGUUUUCCAGCUAACAUGUAGCCCUGCUGCUGCUGCUGGGCCUCCUGGCUCCACUCAACAAGUGAACCUACCACAGCCAACCUACACUGGUAGCAAUGUCGCACCCACGAUCUACUUUUUGCAUCAAGGGUCAACCAUCAUCCAAGACCCUACCGCUUACGAUGUUCUUGUACCAGCUGCGGGGUCAUCCCCAUCUGUAGUUGACGUUACCGUGUAUGGUAUUGUUCCUAAUACAAACAUACAAGAUAACUGCAUCACUCAAAUCACAGUUACAGCAGUCACUGACACCAACCCAUGUUCGAGCAACCCGUGUGUAAAUGGAGGAAAUUGCCAAGUCAGUGGAAAUGUUUACUUCUGUUCAUGCCCGACUGGCUAUACUGGAACGAACUGUCAAUUUGAUCCAUGCAACAGCGUCAAUUGUCUAAACGGAGGAGCCUGCCAAGUCAGUGGAUCUAACGGCUUCUGUCAGUGCAUAAACGGAUACUCUGGAGCGAACUGUCAAAAUCCUCCAACCGGUAGUUUCCAGAUUAGUUGCUCGCCUGUAGCAGUUGAGGGAGCACCAAACACCCCCACCUCCGUUAACCUGCCUGAACCAACUUUCAGCGGUACUACUAAUACCCCGAACUUUAUCUACACCGAUCAAAGCGGGAACACUAUUCCAAAUCCCAGGGCAUUUAUGGUGAAUUCUCCUCAGAACGGCGUCAUCAUGGUUAACGUUGGUGUGACCGGCAUCUUCGGUAGUCAGCAGGACUCUUGUACCAUCGUUGUGACAGUCACAGUUAUUAAUCCGUGCUUCCCCAACCCAUGCCCGUUUGGACAAGAGUGUUUCUUUUUUGAAAACACAUUCCUCUGUAUGGCAACAGGUCGUCGUAGACGAUCAGUCGACCGACUUGAAUUACCAGGUGGUGUUUCUUUGUGUGACUCUCAUCCUUGUGCGCACAACGGUACCUGCCUGUCUGUAAUGAGUCCCACUCUAGGAGAAGCAAUGCGCUGCCAGUGUGCGCCUGGAUGGACCGGACCCACCUGUCUCAAUGAAAUGUAUGAGGUAGAGCGACCAGGCGAGCAUUCACCAGAGGUGUGGGAUAAAGAGGAAAUGGGCAUGCACUGGAUGAUGGUAGCCGUGAUCGGUAUCCUCGCCCUUAUCAUUAUGACUAUGUCCGUCUCGUUCCUGUGUUUUGCGUCAAGUAGGAUGCGUUUCAAACGUAGGGAUGACGUCAAGCUCAUACACUAAGAAGUCACCUCUGAUAAAAUUGUACUCCACACUUUCAAAUUUGAUUGUUAAGAGAUUUUGUAUCCCAUCGCAAACAAAAAAUGUAACCUUUGUUUUAGACUUGCGAAAAUGAAUGCUUUGGCUACUGGCUACUGGCUACAUCCACUUGACUUAUUUUCCCCUUAAGUUACAACUGUUAGAGUCGGACCAAAAUAUAGCUUUUUGAAAAGUAGCAGUGACCUUUGUUGGUGUACAAAAUUACAAAAAGUUGAAGUGUUGGGCGAGACUGUUUGGUUGUUCAGUUCUAGGAGUUACCAUUUCAUGCAGACGCAGCUCACAAGGUUUUAAGUUUUUUUGUUAUAUCCCCGUGGAUGUCUUUAAAGUAAUUGACUAUUUGUAACCACAGCUUUUCAGUACUAGCAUUUAACUGUGUCAAAGGUAAUUAAAACGAAACAUUUUGACGGAAAAACUAUUAACAAUAUUUGCCCAGAUGGAUUUAACAUUCCCCGCAUUUAAAAAAAGGUGACUAUAAAAGUAAUGGAGUAUAUGAAUUUCAGUGUUUGACUUCAUAAGUGCAAACCAAUAAAACCCUUAAAUAAUUUGUCUAAAUGUACACUUAUCGGUUUUAAGUUUAAAAAAACAGCAUGUUUUAUGAAAGCAAAAGUUUGAGAAAUUCAUGCACAGAAAAUGAAUACAUUUUUGGUUAAUACAUCAGCUCGUCUCUGUUGGAUUUUGUUGAAACAACUCAUUAAUAUAAAGAAAACAUAUUAUUCUGUUUAGCUUGUAGAUUCCAACCCAUGGCCCAAUUUUCUGAAGCUGUUUUUAUCGGUACUAAGCAAGUUUUUGAAGUAAUACAGCAGAAGAAUGUGGGCAAAAGAAAGUAUAUUUCAUAUGCGGUCAAUAUCAUACAAUGGGUUUGAAGUGUUGCUUCACUCAUAUAGGCUCACAGGAUCUUUUACAGUUGAGUACUUUUGUUUAGGUAGGCAUCAACUGUGACAAUGGGUAAAGAGCAACUGCAUACGCAGAAAUUGUCUACCAGAAGGCUUUUUGAAAAUUGGCCCUGGGGUCGGUGAAAGAUUAACAUAUUUGACUAAAAUACGGUUUUUGAGUAGCUUUAGAAAAUAUUCAGCUUUCUAUAAAUAAAUUUAGUUAAUAAAAGUAUCAUACUGAGGGACUUUGGUCUAUCUGUUUUAUCUUUAGAGGUUAGUUAGUGUUCGACGAUACUGUUACAUGGUGGUGUUGUUGUUGUCUUUGUUUUUUUAUGGUUUGUACAAAACACAAAUUUACUCAAUAUUUAGCUCAUAUCUACGGUGGCUCAUAUCCGCCAAUUCCUAGAGAAUUCUUGUUUUAUUUUACGGCGAUAUAUCGCCAUACUAUUGCGUUAUAUCGCCGUACUAGUGCGUUAUAUCGUAUUAUUGCGCUAUAUCGCCAUAUUUUAUUGCUUUAUAUCGCUGUAUUUUAUUGCAUUAUAUCGACGUACUAUUGCGUUAUAUCGCCGUACUAUUGCGUUAUAUCGCCGUACUAUUGCAUUAUGUUCUAAAAUGGUUGUACUGGUGGUAGGGGUGUACACGGCAUUGCGUAGUAGGAUAAUUUUAAAACGAUUUUAUGUUGCUUCAAGGGACAUUACAUCAUUAGUCAUUUGUUGGUAUUUUGUCAUGCAAAUUGGGGUAGGAUUUAGUAUGAAAUAUCAUUCUACUUGUGUAUACUUUGUGACUGCCAAAACAAAACAGGAGCAAAUGGUGACGUUUUAAUAUGAAAUAUCGUGCCAAUGACCUGUAUACAUUUUGUCAGUCUGUAACUGCGAGAGCAAAAUGGUACAUUUUGUCAGACAGAUCUUUUUGUCUCAAAACACACGCUCAAAUAGCAGCCAGCAAAGUAUUGCUCAGGAAUAUUCUCAGGAAUGCAUUGUACAUGAUCAUGUGUCUACACCUUUGUUUGGCACCCUGUGUGCAACUGUAUUCUGCAACAGCAAGUUCUGACCCGUUUAUUACAUAAAGGGAUCUGACUAUGUUGUUUUCUUUCAAGCGUCAGUUUGCCCACAUUGAUAUAAAAGUACCACUAUGACAAACCGAAGAAUUAAUUUUUUCAGUUUUGAAAUUUUAGGUGUACAUUGUGUUUAAUCUGGAAAAACUUUUUCUGUGUUUGUUUUUUUCGGACAAGAGGAGAAAGUGAUUGAACCAAACAUCUUCCAAGUUUUAUUCCAUGUGUUUCUUAUAGUUAUGUGUCUGAACUUCAACUUUUUUGUGUCAAACAAAACUUUAUUUGCUUGGGUAGGAUUUUUUGUUUUGUAUUAUGUCGUUGUAAAACCUACACUUUAUGUUCUCCACCAGGGUAAAGGGACAAAUCAAAAACAAAAUAUUGGUAUGUAUCCUUUUUAUUGUAUCUUGUAGCAAUUUUUAGUGAGAAAAUUCUAUCAGCAAAUAAAUUUGGGUUUUUUUAGAGCUUUUUUACAGCGUUGUUUUUGCAUUCAUGGAGUGUGUAUUCAUUGAAGCUGGAUAAUAAAACUAUGUAUCUUGGAAAACAAAGAUGUUUUUGGUGGUUUUUUGUGCAUAUUGGGAUAACUACAGAUUUGUUUUCAAAUGUAAGGGUAGCCUUUACUCAAGGCUUUAGCCACAAAUUGUCUGGAAAGGAAACACCCGAUUCACCACAAUACCUUUCACAACUUGAUUGCUGGGAGGUCAUGGCGGUUAAUGCUAGAGGGGAUGUAAUCUUGAAGUCAAGACAGUAAUUGUUAAGCGCGGUGUGCAGUUACAGCGCUACCUACGACUGUUGCAUGUGUAACAUCGCACUGUGACUGUUGCAUGAAAGGCAGACAAAUAGGCAGCGCCUAACGACUUGUCAUCAAGUCUAGAGGUGAUGCCGGGGUGCAAUGCGAUCGAGCAAAAUGACUGGCUAGUUGACCGAUGUGUAAUUUGGUAUUUUUCAUACAUUUUAAAAGAGCAUAAUCUAUAUCUGCUUUAGAAUAUUUUGAUACCACCUUUGGUUCAAAAGCUGUGGAAUUAGAAACACCAAGAGAUGAGAGAGAAUGACAUUGAGAUAAUAAUGUUAAUACAAAUUAUGUAUCUUUGGGUGCGUUUCAACGGUUGUAACCAAUACAUGUAAUUGUUUCCGUUGGUUUUGCCACUGGCCAUAUGAGAGGUUUCGCAGAGUCACAGAUACUCUUACGUGAACGGAUAGGUCAUAAUACGUCAUCACUUUUUGAGGUCCAUGUGACGAAUAACCGUUGUACACAAGUUAGAAUAGUCGCUCAAAACGGGAAUCAGUCGCCAUACACGUAAACGACGAGUACAUUUUGAGCAUGUUUUAGUAGCGGAUUGUUUUUUUUUAAUGUACCAGGUUUCACCAUGUCUUUUAGAGGUAUCAUACAUGGAUGUAGUUGGACAUUUGUUAUCACCAUGCUUCAGAAAUAUAAAAAUGGCGAUUGUCCAUGGGUGCAGCCAUUUGGUUAAUAGCGCCCUCUUGAGCCUCAAGUUGAGGGUAUUCGUUAGAAUUUUGCGAAACAGAACUUCACAGCUCACUUGACGCGAACACGUACGGUUCGAUAUCUGUAUGUGUAUUUGUAUCCGCGACUUUGCGAAACCUCUCUAUUGACCGAAACAGUUACUGGUUACAGUAAUAAAACGCACCCUUUAUCUCUAAGAUUUACAAAGCAUAAGAGCAAUAAAGUUCACACUAGAUUCAAAGUAA